UGCAAUGAACGCAAAGUGGUAUUGUGAACAGGAGAAGAGACCAGAAUAAGUUAACCGGGAUGCAUUAUUUUUGAAUGCGCCAAUUUUCACACCGACACUUCGCCUGUCAUUCAAGUUUGCUAGAAGAAGUUUAACCAAUAUUGUGCCAUAAAAGAUAACGGACGGAUGGAAGGGGCUAUUUUUGUCCGCUGAGACUCAAAGGGAUAAAAUAAUGGAGAGAACUCUGAAAGCAAUAACGCGUUAAUAAGCAUUCAAGUGAUGCAGUGUUUAUAAGAGCACAGAGGACAGCCCAUUAUCAAUUUGGGUCAGUGAAUGCUCGCUUAUAUACCAUAGUCCAAUGUUGUAUGCGCGCAGAGGGAAAUUGGAGCGAGCACGCCUGUGCAUCUGGAUGGCAAGGUAGUUUAUGGCACUUUGCAAAAAUAAUAGAUAAACGCCCACUAUCCAAAAUUAUCCUUUCAAGGUAGCCUAUUGGUAGGAUUUUCCACUGAUAAUCUGGACAAUCGGUGCAUAUUAAUUUGGAGAGUGGGUGGCCUUAUCAUCAUGCAAUGUCCCGUAUUGCUGGACACGUUUCAAACCAGAAACCUACAUGUGGCCGCUGAUACACUUUAAACGCAAGACUAGAGAGGCCGACACAUUGUAUCCCCUCACACAUUCCAACUACUUGGAGAGCCAAAGAGCAGGAAUGGCUUUCGCGUUUUGGGACGGCUGUAAUGGUUUGGGAUUUAUUUGGAUUUUUCUUGUGGAUUUACUGGGAAUAACUGCAAGUAACAUGGAACCUAUUUAUUGGAAUACAUUGAACAAGAGGUUUCAGGAUGACAGGGGGUAUGUGUUGUACCCCCAGAUAGGGGAUCGUCUAGAUCUGAUCUGCCCAGCCUCCAACCCCCAAGGCCCCCGCUCCCCCAGUGAGUAUGAGUACUACAAGCUGUACCUGGUGUCCACACGCGAGCAGGCUGACCGCUGUGAGGUGAUGGGUGCGCCAAACCUGCUGCUCACCUGUGACAAGCCCAACAGUGACAUGCGCUUCACCAUCAAGUUCCAGGAGUUCUCCCCCAACCUGUGGGGACAUGAGUUCAAGACCCUGCAGGACUACUACAUCAUUGCUACCUCAGAUGGGACGAGGCAGGGACUGGACAGCAUGAGAGGAGGAGUGUGCGUGACACGAGGGAUGAAGGUGAUUCUCAAAGUGGGACAGACUGCUUAUGGCCUCCCACCCAAACCCAAACCAGACCCAAACCGCUUCCACCCCAAAGGGAAUGGGACGAUACCCAAGGCAGGUGGCGAGGGCGAGGGGAACAACGGGAACAACGGGAACAACCCUCCAACCUCCUCUAGCGUGGCGGUGAUCGCUGGAGCGGUAGGGGGCGGAGCCUUCCUCCUCAUCGUGACUGCAGUCAUCUGUGUGGUGUGUUACCGCUGGCGACAGAACAAGCACUCUGAGACUCACCACCCCACCCUGACCCUGACCACCCUCACCCCCAAGAGGGGCAGCACCAGCGGGGCCGGCUGCUCCACCGGAGGCAACAACGGCUCAGAGCCCAGUGACAUCAUCAUCCCGCUGCGGACUUCAGACUCUGCCUACUGCCCGCACUAUGAGAAGGUGAGCGGGGACUACGGCCACCCCGUCUAUAUCGUCCAGGAGAUGCCCCCCCAGAGCCCAGCCAACAUCUACUACAAAGUAUGAGAGAGGGACAGCCACACAGCCCGGCUGACAUAGACAUACAGGUGUACCAACACAUAGACUGCUGUUUUCAACAUAGAAAUACAACUGUCCCUCUAGCUCCCUCUACUCCCUCACUCACCCCAACUCCCUCUCUAUGGCUGACUGUUUGGGAUGGCUAUCCUCAACCUCCUGCCCCAUGGACUGUGCUGUACAGUGCUCUGACACUGUGGAUGGAUGGAUGGAUGGAGGGGUGGUUGUGUCUGGGUGGGGGUAUUGAUCUGUUCCCUGCUGUGAACCCAAUGAUGGAGGUUGUGAGUCCUGGACAUGUGGGCCAUUAUGCUGACGGACUGUGGCAGCGACUCAGUCCCCACCUCUCACUCAAAGGGAGGACAGUGGAUAUGAAAUGUCAAACCUUUUCAAAGUGUUAGUGUGUGUGUUUGUGUGUGUGUGUGUGUGUGUGACGGAAUGUGUGUGCGUGCGUGCGUGCCUACGCAUAACCUGUAAGUCUGCUUGUGUUUGGUGUGUAAAACCAGUACCACAAGAACAAAUAUCAAAGCAAGAUUCUGAUUUCUACCCACUGUUAUCAUUUACAGAUGAUAUAAAAUCAUUAUUUCAUAACUCAUUUGUAGAUUUUUAUAUUUCCAUUCAGAUUUCUGUUAGACACAGUUUUCCUUGUAUGUAAUUGUACUGUAUGUUCUCCGUUUUAGAGUCUGGAUGAGAUCUAGGUACUUAUUUAUUUCAGUGUUUGUGUUUGUCUUCUCUUCUGUUAAUCCCAUUCUCUCGCUCACUCUACAAUGCCUUAGCAUUGAAAUAGUUCACUUUUCUGUAUAUAAAGUUUGACAGAGGAAGGAGGAAAAUACAACGGUACAAAGAGGCGUACUCAAUAAGAGGAAGAGAAUGACAGUAUUGGGAAAGAGGGGCACUCAAUAAGAGGAAGAGAAUGACAGUAUUGGGAAAGAGGGGUACUCAAUAAGAGGAAGAGAAUGACAGUAUUGGGAAAGUGUUUGAACAGAUGAUGCCACAAACACUGUGAUUCUCCCAUACUGUGCCUCCAGCUGCACAUCCAUAGCAACAGAACUGAAACCUUAACACACUGCAUUGUUCAUGUUGCUUCUCUACGCCCGCUGAAAGUGUUUUUUUUAGAGGUGAAUUAUAUAUGUUUGGUUUUGUUUCCCACACUGCACUGGUAACUGAUGACCUGUGGUUGGCCGCAGGAAUUAGUAAAGGUGAAAAGGUCGGAGUUCAUUGUUGAAAUGACACAGGCGAUAGUCAACAUAUACAGUUGAAGUCAGAAGUUUACAUACACUCAGGUUGGAGUCAUUAAAACUCGUUAUUCAACCACUCCACACAUUUCUUGUUAACAAACUAUAGUUUUGACAAGUCGGUUAGGACAUCAACUUUGUGAAUGACACAAGUCAUUUUUCCAACAAUUGUUAACAAAUAGAUUAUUUCACUUAUAAAUUCACUGUAUCAUAAAUCCAGUGGGUCAGAAGUUUACAUACACUAAGUUGACUGUGCCUUUAAACAGCUUGGAAAAUUCCAAAAAAUGAGGUCAUGGCUUCAGAAACUUCCAAUAGGCAUAAUUUGAGUCAAUUGGAAGUGUACCUGUGGAUGUCUUUCAAGGUCUACCUUCAAACUCAGUGCCUCUUUGCUUGACAUCAUGGGAAAAUCAAAAGAAAUAAGCCAAGACCUCCACAAAAAUAUUGUAGACCUCCACAAAUCUGGUUCAUCCUUGGGAGCAAUUUCCAAAUGCCUGAAGGUACCACGUUCAUCUGUACAAACAAUAGUACGCAAGUAUAAACACCAUGGGACCACGCUGCCGUCAUACCGCUCAGGAAGGAGACGUGUUCUGUCUCCUAGAGAUGAACGUACUUUGGUGCAAAAAGUGCACAUCGAUCCCAGAACAACAGCAAAGGACCUUGUGAAGACGCUGGAGGAAACAGGCACAAAAGUAUCUAUAUCCACAGUUAAACUUGUCCUAUAUCGACAUAACUUGAAAGGCCGCUCAGCAAGGAAGAAGCCACUGAUCCAAAACCAUCCAUAAAAAAAGCCAGACUAUGUUUUGCAACUGCACAUGGGGACAAAGAUCGUACUUUUUGGAGAAAUGGACUCUUGUCUGAUGAAACAAAAUAGAACUGUUUGGCCAUAAUGACCAUCAUUAUGUUUGGAGGAAAAAGGGGGAGGCUUGCAAGCAGAAGAACACCAUCCUAAUCGUGAAGCACGGGGGUGGCAGCAUCAUGUUGUGAGGGUGCUUUGCUGCAGGAGGGACUGGUGCACUUCACAAAAUAGAUGGCGUAAUAAGGAAGGAAAAUUAAGUGGAUCUAUUGAAGCAACAUCUCAAGACAUCUGUCAGGAAGUUAAAGCUUGGUCGCAAAUGGUUCUUCCAAAUGAACAAUGACCCCAAGCAUACUUCCAAAGUUGUGGCAAAAUGGCAAUUAAGGACAACAAAGUCAAGGUAUUGGAGUGGCCAUCACAAAGCCCUGACCUCAAUCCUAUAGAAAAUGUGUGGGCAGAACUGAACAACGUGUGUGAGCAAGGAGGCCUACAAACCUGACUCAGUUACACCAGCUCUGUCAGGAGGAAUGGGCCAAAAUGUACCCAACUUAUUGUGGGAAGCUUGUGGAAUGCUACCCGAAACGUUUGACCCAAGUUAAACAAUUUAAAGGCAAUGCUACCAAAUACUAAUUGAGUGUUUGUAAACUUUUGACACACCUGGAAUGUGAUGAAAGAAAUAAAAGCUGAAAUAAAUCAUUAUCUCUACUAUUAUUCUGACAUUUCACAUUCUUAAAAUAAAGUGGUGAUCCUAACUGACCGAAGACAGGGAAUUUUUAUGAGGAUUUAUGUCAGGAAUUGUGAAAAACUGAGUUUAAAUGUAUUUGUCAAAGGCGUAUGUAAUCUUCCGACUUCAACUGUAUAGUACCAUGUUGAAGUCCACCUGUCAAUGUGAUUUAGAGCUUCCUUUUUCUGCUGGACCCUUUCAACACUUAUGUGCACAUACUGACUGCUAUAGGUGAAACAUCUCUUUCAUUCUCUUGAAAGAUCUCUGUGGCUUUUAAACUCAGUCCUCAGGUCCCAGGACCACACCUCAUACACAGACAUAGAUGUAUUGUCUCAUAAAUGUUUUCAUACAAAGUAACUGAUUUCCACUGGAGUUGUUUUUAUGUUGCAUGAUGGUUUCUAUGAUGUUGAGGUUCAUAGUCAGAGCGUUGAAGGUAGUGACAGAGUGAUGGGAAACAUCCCAGAUCAGCUCCCGCUGGGUCUGAUGUCAUCCCUCUGUGACAUUUCAUCAUCACUCUGGGACAUUCUGGACCUCAUAUUGACAUCACAACCCUUCAAUAAUAUUGGACUCUGAUUGGACUACAAGCAACAGCACACUACCUGAGACAUGGCGGACAGACGCCUCUCACAAGAGAGGAAAAUAUAGAUUUCUUUGAUUGCUUGAAUACUCACGUCAUGUCCUUGUGUUCCUUCCAAGACAUUCAGCGUUGACAGGGACCAGCUGGACUCAGUAAGGCGAGUGUAAUUCUGCCGUCCAUUUUACCAUACCCUGUGUACCAUUUUCCAUAUACUGUAGUGUUUCAUUUGGUUUCAACAUCUUUCUCGCCUGCUGUUUUCCACUCAGUUAUUUUGUGGCAAUAACCUAAUCCAGAGAAGGAGGCGCUCUGGUUUUCACUUCAGAACUGAGGACAGACAGAUCAGACGUUGGUGAGACGAGGGAUACUGACAUGAGACAUUGGUGAGACGUGGGAUAAUGUUAUGACACAAGGGAUACUGUCACGAGACGAGAGAUACUGUCAUGAGACAGUGGUGAGACGAGGGAUACUGUCAUGAGACAAUGGUGAGACGAGGGAUACUGUCAUGAGACGUGGGAUACUGUCAUGAGACAUUGGUGAGAAGAGGGAUACUGUCAUGAGACGUGGGAUACUGUCAUGAGACGUUGGUGAGACGAGGGAUACUGACAUGAGACAUUGGUGAGACGUGGGAUACUGUCAUGAGACGUUGGUGAGAAGAGGGAUACUGUCAUGAGACGUGGGAUACUGUCAUGAGACGUUGGUGAGAAGAGGGAUACUGUCAUGAGACGAGGGAUACUGUCAUGAGACUAGAUGUGCUAGGUAGAUUGUAAAGACCUUUUUGAGAUUGAUAAAGCUGACUGUUGAGAGAUUGCCAGGAGUGUUGUGAGAUGAUUAAGUGCAGACUUUGUAGGACACUGUAAGAUGGUUUAUGUUACCUCCCUGGCCUCCUCUCUCCUGUACAUUCCAGUUUUUUUGGGGGGGGAUACAUAAAAACCUAAGUAUGU